AUGCAGAAAUUCUUCAUUUUGGCCACCUUUGGCAUGCUGCUGUCUCUGGCUGCCGGGGAUGUCUCGCAUCUGCCGCUGGAACUCCUGGAGGAGCAUCAGCAGGAGCAUCAGGGCUAUGGCUAUGACUAUCCCAAGCCGGUGGUGCCCUUUGUGGUAGUGACAACCACAACAGAACCACCCACACCGCCGCCAACGUACCUGCCGCCGAAGCCAGUGCCCACGUAUCUGCCGCCGCCGCCACCAACAACAACCACAACCACGACCACAACAACGACACCGGCACCCACACCUGCCCCAACCUAUCUGCCACCUCCACCACCGACCACAACGACGACCACACCGCCACCCACGCCCGUCCCUACCUAUCUGCCACCUCCCCCACCGAGAACGACCACCACAACAACGACCACAACGCCUGCCCCAACGCCAGCACCCACCUACCUGCCGCCCCCUCAGCCAGAGCCACAGCCGGAGCCGGAGCCAGAGGAGGAGCACGGAUACCACUACGAGGCGCCCGCCAAGGCGUUUGUGUUCUAG